AUGGAAUCGCGAGGGUUCUCCUCGAUUCUUGAACUUGUAGAUAAUUCGUCUUAUUUAUCCUAUAAACCAUUCACUCAACUUUCCCUUGCUCGUCAAUAACUUCCAUUUACCUACUACAUUCGCAAUCCUCUGUCCUAAAGCAUUACUGCGGUCCCAAUUCUCGGGUAAUGUCUCUCGCUCAGCAUGUCACCCAGGCCGAAGGCUUCGACUACGAGCGUCCCACAGAACAAGUCGAUUCAAAUGGCCAAGGCGAGUCCAUUUUCGGUACACUCAACCCGUUCAAUACAGAGAGUAGCAACGACGAUCCGCAAUGGAGACGCUUGAGCUUUGCGCCUGUUGAGACCGUACACGCCGAGAAGCCAAUCGCAGCUUACAAAGUCUCCAAUACCAAACGAUGGGGUAAGCGCAGCAGUCUGAACUCUGUACGAUCUCCCAACUUCAGAACUGACACACUCGCAGUACAAGUAGCGACUAGCAUAGUAGCAUGCUGGUUAGCUGCUGGCAUCGUCUUUGGAUUCGCUGCCCUCAAGCCUGUUCUCAUCGCCGAAGGCGUCUACAGCGAUCUCUGCGAUGCCGAUGAUCCGGGCACGGUAGACAGCGGCGAUUACAUUCCUUGCACCGAACAAGACCUCAGGCUAAAUUUGUUCUUUAUCGCCGCCUCUGUUACGGCCAAUGUUUCUUCACUAUUGGCUGGCUCUGUUCUCGAUCGCUAUGGCCGGCGGGUUUGCUGGAUCGCCUCCUGUGUAUGCCUCACUGUGGGCUGCAUCCUCAUGGCAGUUUCACGCAACUUCAUCUACUUUGACGGAUACUUCCUAGGAAACAUCAUGCUUGCCCUUGGUGGAACUUUUGUCUUUGUGUCCAGCUUCCAGCUCGCCAACGCGUUCCCAAAGUACAGUGGACACAUCAUCGCACUGGUCACUGGGGCCUUUGACGCGUCCGCUGCUGUCUUCCUCAUCUACCGUGCGGCAUAUGAAUCAACAGAAGGCAGACUCUCACUUGAAAAGUUCUUUUACGCCUACAUCGCCAUUCCAGUCCUGAUUAUCAUAGCCGAAUUCGCUUAUAUGCCGGUUCGGUCUUAUCACACAAUUCCUCAGCUGGAACAGAAAAUUGAGAAAAUUCAGGACGAGACGCACGAUGUGCAUGAGUCCGACGAUGAGAUUGAUGAUAUUAGGCAGUUGCGCAAAGUACGCAGUGCCCGGGCUGAUCGGAGGCUGUCGAAGCUUGACCAGAUUGAAGAAGUCGCUGGCGAUGCUGAGCAGCGGGAAGAGCGUGUCAAGGUCAAUGAAGAGCGUCAAGAGGCCAGUGGGGUCUGGGGAGUUCUCCAUGGUGUUCCGGCUCAUCAGCAGAUCCAGAGUCCAUGGUUCAUCCUCAUCCUGCUUUUGACUAUUGUUCAAAUGUUGAGGAUGAACUACUUCAUCGCAACUAUUCAUGCGCAAUACCGAUACAUGCUGGGCUCCGAGGCCGACGCCAACGACAUCAACCGUUUCUUCGACAUUGCCUUGCCUGUCGGUGGACUAGUUUCUACCCCGUUCAUUGGUGUUCUCCUCAAUAAUCUCAGCGUACCGGCAACCUUUGGUACCUUGACUGCCCUGAUCGUCGCCAUUGGCGUCCUCAAUUGCUUACCCUUCGUAUGGGCGGGAUAUGCUACGGUUGUCCUCUUCGUCAUCUUUCGCCCCUUAUACUACUCGGCCAUCUCGGACUACGCAACGAAAGUGUUUGGUUUCGCCACCUUCGGACGUAUCUACGGCACGAUUGUGUGCGUCUCGGGCCUGAUAAACUUCGCCCAAUCUGGCCUGGAUGCUCUUACUCACGGCCCUUUGCACGGUGAUCCCACACCUGUGAAUAUUACGCUUGGGGCGUCGGGUACCGUAAUUGGGGCUCUUCUAACGGCAUUCGUCGCCGUCAAAGGUCGCACUUUCGUCACGGAAGAGAAGCCUGAGCUGGAUGCCUUAGAAGAGGGACAGAGACUACUGUCAUCGGCAGGACAGGACUAUGGAAGUCUGGAAUGAGAGGGUUUUUACAAGAUGACCCCUUCUAAUGAAAAGCAACUCCGAUUCCUGUCUCCUUAGAUAAAUUAGGCAUAAGUACUGCGCUGGCCACCUUGGCUUCUAUCAACUCCCUUUGAGCACUUGCCGUCUCAACUCAGGUAUCAUCAAUCAUCGUACCUUUCAAAUUUGUAUUAAUUGGGCGCAUAGUCUUUAGAGAAAACACUGCCUACUAGUACUUAGACAAUUAUUUCUCUGGUAAGAUCAUGACUGAGAUUCUUUGAGCAUCGGGGCCAUCUGAUCAACGGGAGUUCUUUUGCAAGAAGUAUCCUUUACCAGUCUAGACUUUUACCCUUUGUCUUUGCAAAACAAACUUGUGGGCUAAGAAGUUAUGUCACUCAUGCGAUAGGUUCGGAGUGUUCUAUCAAUCCGUAGCGAUUCUUGGCGACGGAUCUGUCUCCCUCGGC